UAUGGAGUCAGUUGGUGUUGGUGGCGGCGCGGAGGCAGAAGGUGGUGUCCAACUGGGGGCCUUCGCCCCGCCAGGAUGUUACCGGGCUUGGCCGCCGCCGCUGCGGCCCACAGAUGCAGCUGGUCCUCCCUGUGCCGGCUCCGUCUGCGCUGCAGGGCGGCGGCCCGCGGCUCCAGCGACCGCCAGGAAUGGCAGAAUUUAGUGUCGUUUGGAAGCUUUUCAAACAUUGUUCCCUGUUGCACGCUGAAUCAAGUAAAGUUGUACUCCACAAAUGUUCAGAAAGAAGGACAGGGAUCACAAACUCUCAAAAUGGAAAAAGUACCAUCAUUUGAUGAAACUGCAGAAAAUAUUGGUGCAGAACUGAAAGCUCCACUCCUUAAGCAAGAACCUCUCCAAGUAAGAGUCAAAGCAGUCCUUAAAAAGAGGGAAUAUGGACCAAAAUACACUCAGAAUAAUUUCAUCACUGGAGUCAGAGCAAUGAAUGAGUUCUGCCUCAAAUCCAGCGAUCUAGAACAGCUUCGAAAAAUCAGACGACGAAGUCCUCAUGAAGAUACUGAGUCCUUUACUGUAUACUUGAGAUCAGAUGUGGAGGCAAAAUCUUUGGAAGUUUGGGGAAGCCCUGAAGCUCUUGCCAGAGAGAAAAAACUUCGUAAAGAAGCAGAAAUAGAAUAUAGAGAAAGGUUAUUUCGAAACCAAAAAAUAUUGAGAGAAUACAGAGACUUUCUGGGAAAUACUAAGCCACGCUCUCGAGCGACAUCAAUUUUUUUUAAGGGGCCAGGAAAAGUGGUGAUUGUUGCCAUUUGCAUCAAUGGAUUAAACUGCUUCUUCAAAUUUCUUGCCUGGAUUUAUACAGGUUCAGCAAGUAUGUUCUCAGAAGCUAUACAUUCUUUAUCUGAUACUUGUAAUCAGGGCUUACUAGCAUUGGGCAUCAGUAAGUCUGUUCAAACACCAGAUCCUACUCAUCCGUAUGGAUUUUCGAAUAUGCGCUAUAUUGCUUCACUAAUUAGUGGUGUUGGUAUUUUCAUGAUGGGUGCAGGAUUAUCUUGGUACCAUGGAAUCAUGGGAUUGCUUAAUCCUCAACCAAUAGAAUCUCUUCUAUGGGCAUAUUGUAUUUUAGCGGGAUCAUUGGUAUCUGAAGGAGCAACACUUCUUGUUGCUAUAAAUGAGCUUCGUAGGAGUGCUCGGGCCAAAGGAAUGUCAUUUUACAAGUAUGUAAUGGAAAGUCGUGAUCCUAGUACGAAUGUUAUCUUAUUGGAGGAUACUGCAGCAGUGUUGGGAGUGAUAAUAGCAGCCACUUGUAUGGGCCUUACUUCUGUGACAGGCAACCCACUGUAUGACAGCCUAGGUUCUUUGGGUGUGGGCACCUUAUUAGGCGUGGUCUCAGCAUUCCUCAUCUACACUAACACAGAAGCCCUCUUAGGGCGAUCCAUCCAGCCAGACCAAGUACAGCGGCUUACUGAACUUCUGGAGAACGACCCGUCAGUAAGGGCAAUUCAUGAUGUUAAAGCCACAGAUCUGGGAUUAGGGAAAGUAAGAUUUAAGGCAGAAGUAGAUUUUGACGGACGAGUUGUUACAAGAUCAUAUUUGGAAAAACAAGAUUUUGACCAAAUGCUACAAGAAAUUCAAGAAGUGAAAACUCCUGAAGAACUAGAGACCUUUAUGCUUAAACAUGGAGAAAAUAUUAUUGAUACUUUAGGAGCUGAAGUAGACAGACUUGAGAAGGAACUGAAAAAACGAAAUCCUGAAGUUCGACAUGUAGAUUUGGAAAUACUAUAGCCUUGAUGGAAUGAAUCACCUUUGAGGGAGCUUG